AUGAAAGAACCCACUACAAGUAUAGUCAAUGUAGUAGCAGAGAACACUCAAACUACAUCACUUCAACAUGCUCCCACUAUUGCAACAUAUGCUACAACUUACCUACUUCAUCACUGUUUCUUGAUUGCAAUUUCCAUUCAAAGCUCAUUACCAUUACAGUUUCUUGUCCUUAUGGAAUUCAGUUUGAUAUGGAAUUUUGAUUACUUCAAUAAAUCAAGAUUUGUUACCUUCACAUUGAUUUUUAUGACAACAAUUCGAUCUGGAAUUUUGGAGAUGAUGAAUCUCUUUCAACUACUGAUGCAUUUGAGAAAGAUCAUUUCGGAUCAAUCGACUGGGACGUUAAACCCCAAUUUAUCUUUUGGAGAAUGGGUUUGUUUCCAAGCGAAAUUAACAUUGAGAACUAACUGUUUGGGGACAUUGGGUUCGUCCAUUGAUGAUGAAUUUGUUGUUCAAUCCAAGUUAUGGCUGCCUCUAAUGCCUCAAACAAUCAUAGAUAGAUCAGACAUCUUCAUACAGGUUAUCAUGUUGUGA